AUGUUAAAAUUUUCAGAUAUCAACGAUUUCCUCAUGGACUAUAAUGAACUAUUGAUAGGAAAUUAUCCAAUUCAUUCUCAAGCCCCUGGUUGUCCCAAAAAUCUUGUUUGCUCAUAUUCAGGUCCAGGGUGGGUAGAAACAGAGAACAUUACAAGCAAAGGCAUGAUCUAUGUGUUGAUUUGUCGAAGUGGCUAUAGUAUGUAUGGUAUUCCAGUUGCUCAAGUUACAUUAGUUGAUUUUUAUGGACAUUUGUAUGUUAAAGAAAAUUUUCAACUUGAAGAACAGUAUCUUGAGUUUGGUUCUGAUGAUGAUGGUUCGGACGCUACUCUCUCUGAAGAUCAAUUAUUUCACAUACAACAAGAGUUACUCAAAGUGAUUUCCACAAAGGAUAUAAUUGUCGGGUUUGCUCUUGAUAGAGCCUUCAAGAAUUUGAAAUUGAAACAUCCCAAUAUAAUAGACAUUGCACAUCUCUAUUACGUUUUCUUCAUGGAUGAUAGUAAAACUGAAAGUCAGUAUUUGUUAUUCUUGGCUCAAAUGUUCAUACCUCAUGGUUAUAGAAGCUUUUUAACCGGUUCCCUAUCUGACUUCCAAGAAGACUCUAAAAUUUGUUGGAUGUUGCUAGUCUUGAGACUUUUGUCUAAAAACAAAUGUUUAAAAGCACUUGAAUACCAAAAACAGGGGAAAUCGUGA